UUUAUAUUUGUUUUGAUGCUAUGAAAAAGGGUUUUCAACAAGGAUGCAGAAGAUGUAUAGGGCUAGAUGGGUGUUUUCUAAAGGGAAUUUGCAGGGGUCAACUUUUGGUAGCUGUUGCUAAAGAUGCAAACAACCAAAUGUAUCCAAUAGCAUGGGCAGUCAUUGAUACUGAAAGCAAGUUGACAUGGAAAUGGUUCAUGACCAUUCUGAAAGAUGAUCUUAAUCUAGGAAAUGGUUCCCAGCUAACUAUCAUUAGUGAUAUGCAAAAGGGACUAAUAGCUGCUGUAGAUGAACUAUUUCCAGAAUGUGAGCACAGAAUGUGUGCUAGACACAUAUUAGCAAAUUGGUCACAAAACUUCAGAGGCUUAGAGAGAAGAAAGAAAUUUUGGGCUUGUGCUAGAUCAACAUUUGAGGCACAAUUUAAGUACAAUAUAAAUGCCCUGUCCAAGCUGGGAAUAGGUAUUGUUGAAUCCCUUAUCAAAUACAACAAGGAGACAUGGUGUAAAGCUUUUAUUCAAACAUUUUCAAAGUGUGAUAGCAUAGAUAACAACAUGGCAGAGAGUUUCAAUUCUUGGAUCUUGGGACCUAGGAACAAGACCAUUGUAACUAUGUUGGAAGAAAUUAGAGUUAAGGUGAUGAGUAGAGUGAGUAAGUCAAGAGCAUUUGCUGAAACAUGGACAGAUGGAAUAUCUCCAAUGGCAAUGAUGGUAUUCAAUACAAAUGUAACAAGAUCAAUGCAGUGCAACAUUGAAUGGAAUGGUGAUGUUGGAUUUGAAGUGUUAGAAGGGGUAUACAAGCAUACUGUGAACUUGGGUCAACAAAAAUGUAGUUGCAGAUCAUGGGAAUUAAAAGGUAUCCCAUGUGCACAUGGUAUAGCAGCAAUGAACCACUUGAACAUGGAUGCAUCACAAGCAAUAUCUAGUUGGUAUAGAAAAGACACAUAUAUGAAGACAUAUUCUCAUUUCAUUCAACCAGUCCCAAACAUGGAAAUGUGGCCUGAAAGUAGAAACCCAAUGGUUGAACCACCUGAGGCAAGACAAAUGCCUGGUAGGCCACCAAAGAACAGAAGAAGAGAAAUUGGUGAAGUGAGAAAAGCUGGAAAGUUGCCAAGAAUGGGGACAGUAAUGACAUGUUCACUUUGCAAAGGACCAAAUCAUAACAAGAGAAAUUGUCCAAAAAAUCCUAAACCUAAGUCUACACCAACACCCACUCAAGAGUCCACCACUGGAAAAAAGAGGGGUAGAGGUCAUUAUGAAAGAACAAGCACCAGUAAGACUGGUACAAGAAGAGGUGCAGGAAGUGGUUACAAGAAGAGGCCUAAAGUUGUUGGACAAGGUGUAUUUGUUGCUGAUACUGGAUAUACGUGUAUUAAUCAAGGAUUGUCUAGCAGAAGGAGGGUUAAUACUGGUGUGGUGAGUUCUGCACAUGUGACAGGUGAUAUUGGUUUUAAACCUACCAAGGGACUGAAGUGGAAAGGCAAACAGGCCAUGACUCAAAGACAACUUCAAGUCGAAAGUGUUGUGCGUCGUAUUCAAACCAGAUCAAAAGCUGAUGGCAUUCAAACAAGGUCACAAGCCAAAGGAAAAUCACUCUCAAAGAAAACUUCUUAGUUGUGUGGUUGUGGUGUCCAACCAAACUUGAAAUAGUGUUUUAUGUGGUUUUAUGUGUUGAUGAAUCUAUGGUUGUUCAAACAAACUUAAAGUAGUUACUGUUUUAUGUUUUGCUAGUUAACUUAAGUUAUUGUGGUUGUUGGUUGGUGCUUGUGUGGUUAUUCAACUAACCUUAAAGUAGUGAUUGUUUUAUGUUUUGCUAGUUAACUUAAGUUA